GAUUCUGCUUCCUGUUUUUGAAACCAUCCUACAUAGCAGCACAGACUGAGAGCUGAUCAUGCCACUGAACCAACUUCAUAGCUGGCUGAAUGCUAUGCUCGUUGGACUCCUGCUUCUCCUCCUCCAUGUGCAGGGUCAGGAUUCAUCAGAGGCCAGCCCCAUCAGGAACACACACACAGGCCAGGUCCGAGGCAGCCUCAUCCAACUGAGUGACACCAAAGUUGGUGUCCACAGCUUCCUGGGAAUUCCCUUUGCCAAGCCACCUGUCGGACCACUGCGCUUUGCACCUCCUGAAGCCCCUGAACCAUGGAGUGGUGUGAGAGAUGGGACCUCGUAUCCAGCCAUUUGUCUGCAAAAUGUUGAUAUGAUGAAUUCAGAGAGCCUAAAGAAUCUAAAAAUGACCCCGCCUCCCAUUCCUAUGUCUGAGGACUGCCUGCAUCUCAACAUCUACACACCAGCUCAUGCCCAUGAGGGCUCUAACCUGCCUGUGAUGGUGUGGAUUCAUGGUGGUGGACUGGUUAUAGGAAUGGCUUCCAUGUAUGAUGGAUCCAUGCUGGCAGCCACGGAAGAUGUGGUGGUAGUCACUAUCCAGUACCGCCUGGGUAUCCUGGGCUUCUUCAGCACUGGAGACCAGCAUGCCAGAGGCAACUGGGGCUUCUUAGACCAAGUGGCUGCCCUACGCUGGGUCCAGCAGAAUAUCGCCCACUUUGGAGGCAACCCUGACCAGGUCACCAUUUUUGGCGAGUCUGCAGGUGGUAUAAGUGUGUCUUCACAUGUUGUGUCCCCCAUGUCUAAAGGACUCUUCCAUGGUGCCAUCAUGGAGAGUGGAGUAGCCCUGCUGCCUGGUCUCAUCUCCAGCUCCUCUGAGAUGGUUUACACAAUGGUGGCAAACCUGUCUGGAUGUGAGACCAUGGACUCAGAGGCCCUGGUGCACUGUCUGAGAGGCAAGAGUGAAGCAGAUGUUCUGGCCAUUAACAAGGUCUUCGAGGCCAUUUCUGGUGUGGUGGACGGAGAGUUCCUACCCAGGCAUCCCCUAGAGCUGUUGGCUUCUGUGGAUUUUCAACCUGUCCCCAGCAUCAUAGGUUUCAACAAUGAUGAGUAUGGUUGGAUCAUCCCUACGGUGGUAAACAGUGCCCAGACAAUAAAGGAAAUAACCAGAGAAAACCUGCAGGCUGUUCUGAAGAAUGCAACAGCACAAAUGAUGUUGCCUCCUGAGUGUAGUGACCUGCUAAUGGAAGAAUAUAUGGGGGACACUGAGGAUCCCCAAACCCUCCAAAUACAGUUCACAGAGAUGAUGGGAGACUUCAUGUUUGCGAUCCCAGCACUCCAAGUAGCACAUUUUCAGCGCUCCCAUGCCCCUGUCUACUUCUAUGAGUUCCAACAUCAACCCUCCUUUGUAAAGAAUGUCAGGCCACCCCACGUGAAGGCUGACCAUGGUGAUGAGGUUCCUUUUGUCUUCGGGUCCUUAUUCUGGGGUGUGAAACUUGACCUCACCAAGGAGGAGGAGCUACUGAACAAGAGGAUGAUGAAGUACUGGGCCAACUUUGCAAGACAUGGGAACCCCAACAGCGAGGGUCUACCCUACUGGCCCAUGUUGGACCAUGAUGAGCAGUACCUGCAGCUGAACAUCCAGCCUGCUGUGGGCCAAGCCUUGAAGGCCAGAAGGCUGCAGUUCUGGACCAAGACUCUGCCCCAGAAGAUCCAGGAGCUAAAGAGGUCACAGAACAUGCACAAAGAACUAUAGGGCCCUAUGUGAGGAAUGGUGUGUUAGCUUGGCUGCUGAUAGAGUCAGCUUGAGGUUCCCAAAACAUAUUGAGGAGCCUGGGUUGAUUCUAGCAUUCACAUAACCUCUGCACUUGUCUGUUCUUCCACAUUUAUCACAAAUCCUCUGCAUGUAGCUCUCUACCCUGCUGGGCCAUCUUUUGUUAGACUUACUCAAAAGUGCUCCAAUAACAGUGUGGAUGUGUGAGUCCCAAAGUACACAUCUCCUUUCAUACUCCACUGGUACUAGACCCUUUAUGCCCUUCCUCCUUUAAAGUCUCAUCCUCAGUGUCCUCUUCUCUAAGACCAAAACCCUCUUUAAGUGAAUCAGAAGCUUUGGAGAGCUUUGAUAUAGGUUCUUAGGAGAACUUAUAUCAUACAGUGGGCUGUAUCAAAAUCACAUCCCUCUCUCAGCAAGUCCAUACUUUUGGAGAUUUUGAAGUCCAAGGUUAAGAUACCAACAGAUAUGUUGUAUUUUGAUGACUAGCUCUCUGACACAAAUAUGGUAACCUGUUUGCGAUGGGAUAAUUAAUAGUUCUCAUAACCCAGGCCUCCAAUAGGCCUAACGCCAUCAUAUUGGAGUCUAAGUUUCAAUAUAGAAACCUGAUUCACAGACACUUUCAAAACACAGAACAUUAAGGUUCCCAAGUCUGUCUCUGGAUUUGAAAACAUCUGAAAGCAUUUCUACCUGUUGUGUUUGUAGGUAAAAUGUCACUUACAAACUAUUUUAAGAUAAUCUGCCUAUUCAUCAAUAUUUAUUUGUUUUUCCUCUUCCCCUCCCCAUCAUCCAACCCCAUUCAUCUAUUUCCAUGCCAAAGUAGUUAGUGACACAAUAUUAUAUCAGACAUCUACUAUCUCAUCAAGCCUGGAAGAGUUUUUGUGUAUGCGUGUGUCCAGAAGAACUAGGUUGGUUACUAUGUGUCUUCUGAGGUUUGUCUUGAUUUCCAGGGGUUCUGUGGACAUGGCAAUGCCCACAAUUUCGUGAUCAUAGUAUAUCUGUUAAGAUGUUUGAUUAUAGGGUGAGUGAUAGAGCAGGGUGGGGGUAUCAGAAGGUCCACAUAUAUACAAUAGAGGUUCUGUCUCCUGUCUCCAUGAGCACUUGUGCAUGUAUGGGGGUGUCCUCCUGACUUCCACAGUUCCCUUCUGGCCCCUGUGAUAACCCUCUUCCCCGAUUGUCCAUCUGCAUGACUUUCAUUUUUACCUAUUUACUGUUACUAAGCAUUUUGGCCUUUCUUUUACUUUAUGUCAUUAUACAAAAGUGCCAAAUUCUCCUCAA